CUCUCUCAUCAGUGAUGAACCUCUCCAAUGUGAACAGCACGAUGGAUGUCUCCAACGUGACUCUGUUGCCAUACUACAUGCAUUCAGCCGGAAUGGCACUCAGCUACGUGCUGUUGUACACACUUGUGUGUGUGGUGUGUGUUGCGGGCAACUCGCUGGUGUGUGUGGUGGUCCUGACAAACAGGAACAUGCGCUCUGUUACCAACCUCUUCAUCCUCAACCUCGCCAUCAGUGACCUGUUGGUAGGUGUGGUCUGUGUGCCGACCACGCUGAUCGACAGCCUUAUCUCAGGUUGGCCUUUCAGUCAGAUGACCUGCACUCUCAGUAAUCUCAUCCAGGGAAUGUCUGUCUCUGCGUCCGUCUUCACGCUCGUCACUAUUGCAGUGGACAGAUAUACAGGCAUUGUUUACCCAUUUCGCCACCGUUUGAGACCUGUCACUGCUCUCCUCGCCAUCUUCUUUAUCUGGCUUCUGGCUUUUGCCAUCAUUUUCCCUUCAUCUGCAACGCUGACCGUCAUCCAACUGGACGACACAUACAUGGUGCAUGAAAACAAGACUUAUCCACUGUUUGUGUGCUUUGAGGACUGGCCUCGUUCUGGCAUGAGGCGCAUCUAUACCACGGCCAUAUUUGUUCACGUCUACCUCCUCCCCCUGGUGCUAAUCAGCAUCAUGUAUGGCUGCAUCGCCUUUAAGCUCUCAGGAAAACUGCGCCAGAACAGCAGGCGCCUAAAAGUGAUAAAGAUGCUGAUCAUGGUGGCCGUGUUGUUCAUGGUGUUAUGGCUCCCUCUGUGGACACUCAUGCUGUUGACGGACUAUCAGGAGCUGGAUGUCCAGCAGAUCGACUUCCUGAGCAGCUACUUGUUUCCUGUCGCACACUGGCUGGCGUUCUUCAACAGCGCCAUCAACCCGAUUGUCUACGGAUUCUUCAACGAGAAUUUCCAGCGAGGAUUUCAGGCUGCUGUCUCCUGUCGACGGUACGAUUCGCGGCCGCUUGCUUUGCAUUGCAGACGAUUCGCGAAUAAAGUCUCAAACAAUGCUGGAGGGCCGUCUGGACGACAGAAUGAAGUGAGAUGUGUACCGACAGUACGGCUAAAUCCAGUUUCAUCUGUCUUGCUCGAAGAUGUAAAGAAGCUGCCUGGGGUUAAACAUGUAAACAGUGCAUGGGUAGAGUGAAUAAAGGAUGGUUGAAGAGCUUUUCAUUUCCACUGAGUUUAAUCCUCAUGGCCAUGUUAAGUACCAUUAUU